CUCCGAAGAACACGCAAGAUUUCUCGGCUUCAGACGAAUCUGGGUAAGACCGGACUUCAAAGAUUGGUCUCUUCCUUGUGCGUAGAGAGUAAUCAACCAGGAAUCAAACAAGGACUGAGAUUCCUUACGGAUCUUAGGGUUCCUAUGCCUUCUCAGAGUCUCAAGUUUAAAGAUUGGCACAGACAAUUGACGAAUAUCCGUGGCGGAGAGAGACAGAGAAUUCAACUGAUUCAAGACAUCCACACAUCGCUCGACUCCGCCUGGGCUCUGUGUAUUGCAAGUCGCCUUGAUCGCGGCUGAAAUCAAAUCCGUCGCAAUCAUCAUCGGGAAGACAGUAUAACGAAAGAAACUCAGGUGGGUAGGGUUUCAAUUUGCUUUUGAUGGGUAAUCGAGAGAAUAUGGAAAGAAAGAGAGUGUAAGAGUGAUGAAGUAUAUAAGGCUACUGUGAGACUCGUUGAGCCGAAAUAAGGAAACUAAUUGCUUAGUAUCCAAGAAAUUUCUCUAUUUCCUUUUGUUUUUCAACCAAGGGUAGUUUCGUCAAUACAGAAGUUUCCACUUUCUUCUCCAAUCCCUUUGAUUUCUCUAUCUUUGUUUCCGAUCCGAGAUUUCUGAAAUUUACUACUCUUGUUUUGAUGCAAUCUUCCUCGUUUCUCAGCGAUUCCCCGUUUCAAUUUUAUCUCGUUCGAUUUCAGAGAUUUAGUUGAAAAAGCUCAUCAAUGGAACUGCUUCAUAUGAAACUCGCCGAUAGGUUCAGUACGAAUCCAAAUUCGCCGUAGAUCUCAUCGGUAUCAUUGCAGCAUCUGGGUUCUCACGGAUAAUAGGAUUGCCACAUUCAAUACUCCGAAGAAGUAGCGAGUGUUUACUUUGUGUGUAGUGGAGACUCGAACCAUGAAAGUGACUUCUUCUCUGGGGUUUGAAAUUGUGGUAGAAGGCAAGUUGAGAUCAAAAACAGAAGGCUUUGGUGUCAUUGUAAUGAGCAGGGAACAAUCGAACGGGUCAGCUAGCUUGCGGCUUGAUCCGUCUGCUAGAAUGGGCUCUCCUGAUGGAUCAGUUUUCAAAACUGCAAUGUUGUGCAACAAUUGUUCUUCAAGCCAGAAUCUUUACAGAAGGAGAUCUGUAAAACUGAAAAGGUUGUGGCAACAUAGUUGGGUAACGAUACCUUGUGGAUCGUAUCUAGAAGAGAAUGUCGGUGUCAAGUUUAGAUCAAUAACAGAAGGCUUUGGUUUAGGACAGACUGUUGCUUUCACUAUAACUCGAGAAAUGAAGAGAGGCACACAUGUACAAGAUGUUGGCUCUCCUGAUGAAUCAGUUUUCCAAGCUGCAAUGUCCAAAAAAUGUGUUUCUCGGUAUCAAGAAGUUCCUACAAUCUUUAUUAGUCAAUGUAACAAAGCACUUGGAGAUGAUAAGAGUGUGGUGGUGACAAUCGCUGGUUUGAUAGCAGGAGGAGACCACACUACAACAACUCCUGAAACAACAGGAUUAUCCACUGAUGUCCCUCUUUGCAUGGAUAAUCCUCUAUUGGUGAAAGAAGUAUUGGGAGAAAUAGCUGCUCGUAUGUUCUUCACAGUUCACCUCAGGUGCUGCUAUACGCCUGCAUUAAUAGAAAGAUUUAUCAAGAAAAACAGAGAAUCUUAUGGGAAAGUUGAAUUGGGUCCUCUAAAGUUGCGACCUUUGUGGCCACAGGUUGUGCAACAAGUGUUCUUGAAGCUUGUAUCUUUACAGAAGGAGAUCUGCAAAUUCAAAACCAAAAAAAGAGUUGUGAAUUUUGGUUCCAAGCUUGAAAUCUACUGCAACAGAUGGAAAGUUACCACCGGAACCGAAGAUGCGAUAGAGAAUGACAAAAGAUCAACACCAUCACGUGUAGCAACAUCUAUUGCCUUUAAGACGUCAGCUCCUGAACAAACACCUAACCGAAGCUAG